AUGGUUACAGGUAGUUGUUUGUCUGCCGCAUCUGACGUGCUGAAAGCCUGCUUCGGUAAGGACGGCAACUUCACGGUCAUCGUGAAAGAUGCAUCGCAUCAGGAACUUGAAGAUGAGUCGACGGUUAGGUUUAGGGUGUGGUCUUCUCUGCUUGCUCAGUGGUCUCCAGUCUUUGAGAAGAUGGUCGGAUCAGAUUGCUAUGCCGAGUCGCAGAAGUCGGAGGUGGUCAUCACAGACUUCUCGGCUGGUGCUGUUGAGAUGUUCCUGCGAUUCUUGUACUCCGGGAGCAUUGAGGGCUCUGUGGUAGCUAUGGUGGAAGUCGCAGCCAUAUCAGACAAGUAUCAGGUCAAGGAAUUGCAUGACUUAUGCUUGCAUCUUGUGCGGCAGGCACUGAAACCUGAGCUGGCCUGUGAAGUCUUCGCGGCCGCAGACCAGUUCCACAUGGGUGACUUGCGAGCAGAGGCUCGCGAUCUCAUCUUCACCAAGCCUUUCGAGGCCCUGAGAAAGCCUCCGGCUCUCUGGUCGGAGCUGUUGGAGGAGAUCCUCAGCUCAGGCCUGCUCUGCGUGACGGAUGAGUUUUUGAGGUUAUUUAUCCUCACAGCUUGGGGGACGGAACGAGGCCGCACCCUCUCCCUCCAACCCUCCAUGUACAUCGAAGCACGUAAUCUCCACACCGUAGACGUGCUGGGCACGAUGUGGGAUCGCUAUCGGACACUCUGGGCCCUACUCCGGGACCCGGGCGAGUGUUCUAUGGAGCCUUUUCAUUGGUAUCGGGUGUCGACGCUCCUAGCGCCAGGGGCCGAAGCUUUUAUCGCGGGGCAGUCCGAACACACAUCGUCCGAUCUACCGUGGAUGAAGAGAUUUACCAUCCGGAAAGGGUGGGUGCAGUGGCUGCUCGAACAUGCUUGGGUUCAUCUUCAGGGCUUCGACUUCGGAGAUUCCUGUGCAAUACCGGCCUCGACAUCUUUCCGGGUCUGGUCCUCCCAAGACGGUGUGACCUGGCACCUCGCUAUCGAGUCGCACAAGAAGGAGAUCAAAUCGGGCACUGUCCUGGCUUGUGAGAGACCUCCAGGCCUGGUGAAGUAUUUCAGGCUACAAGUCCUCGAGGGUUCGCUUGUUGACAUUGAUUUCAACAUCCACGGCAUUUUGCAGACGCCACUACCGCCGCCACCAGAACGACCACCCGCAUAUGUUCCACAAGGGAUUUGA